AUGGCGGACGAAAAGCGCGGGUCACAGUCAGACGACGUCACUUCCACCCCAACCUUUGCUGUGGGAUUUAAUCGUCCCAAGUCGUCGGGUACAUCUUAUAUGAGCGGUGGUGGUGGCGAGGUAUACUUCAACCCGGCGAAUCUAUGGAAGUACGUACUACGCUACUUUCGCGAGGAGGCGAGUCGGCAGGAUGUUUCUGCUGUGACUACGCUUGGGCCAGGCCACCACUCCCGCCCGCCGCAGUGGAUGGAGGACAAGAACGUCUCCAUUGAUGGCACACUUCUCACGGAGGAGGAGCGUCGUACGUCUAACUUUUGGCAGGCGAAGUACUGA